UUGUGUCAGGCUCACGCACCAGGAGCUAGCGAUUAAUACACUUAAACCGGACAUUUGAUUUGCAGAGUAUCUUUGGAUGACAUCAAACCUUGCCCGGAAGGAACCGGUAGGGUUGUGCUAUUCAGACGCCUUUAUCAUUUGUCCCUCUCAACCUCCGACUGUCAUCUUCCAAAGUGGCACGCAAGCCUGUUGGUUGCUCAGUCGCACUGUCAUCUCAUCCGAGCAUUGGUCAUUAUCUGGACCAUCGCCGUACGCCACGUUUAAUUUUAAUCACCCUUUGUGACGAUUCCUCACGACUCCUUCUAUAAUGCCGGAGUGCAAUGAUUCGUUGAGCUUACCUCAGGAAAUUUGCGAUGGCAUUAUCGACGAGCUGUGUCAUGACAGGCGAUCCCUGCUGCGAGCGUCCUUGACUUGCAGAGCCCUUUAUCCGAGGACCAGAGUUCAUCUAUUUUCUCAUGUCUCAUUGUCCAACGAAUCCGACUGCAUUCGCCUCCGCGAACUGAUUGCCAUGUCUCCCAUGCUCGCCUUGCUUUUCAAGUCUCUAUCCAUCGACAUCACAAGUAGACAAGGUCAUGAUCCCAAGGUUUACGGGGCACUCAUAGUGGUCGAAUACCUUGUCAAUCUCAACCAGCUGCCCCUUGGCAGUGGAGAUUGGUCCCAACUACCGGAUACUGUUGUUUCCAGCCUCCAAUCCCACUCUUACCGCUCUCUCGACAUAUUAUCGUCUUUCACCUUUAGAGCGAUAGGCGAGGUUUGCUCGCUUGUGCAAAAUUCGUCGAAUUUGCAAUGGGCGAGCUUCAGAUGUGGAAACAACUUCACGGAGGAGUGCCACUUGAACCAUUCCCUCCAUCCUGUCCCGGCUCCGAUAUCAUUGGAUAUUGGUGAUGGGAUCAAUUCGGUUCCCGUUGAGACCUUUCUGAAGCUGACAACUUCGUCCCGUCUGUGCCCGUUUUCCUUCAGAAAUGUCCACACCCUCAGCAUCGCUCUCUCUGAUCAUACCCGUAUCCUUCCACAGCAUCUCAACGAAUAUAUAGUCUUCCUUGGUACUUCACUCAAAUCCCUCCACGUGAACCAUACCAUGCUAGUUUUCCCGCACACAUCUUCAGAGACGCUUGAUGUCUCUAGUGUCCAGAACCUCGAAGUCAGAGUUCUGAAGUACGACCCGACCGUCUUCGGUCGGGGGUCUCAGAUGUUCGAAUGGUGGAUCACCAACCUGUCAAUGGUAAACAAACGCAGCGCUCUUCGUUCAAUUCUCUUCGAGAUUCAACCACCACAACCUGAACUUGAGCACCCCGCUUUGGUCUGGGAAGACCUGUGGACGAGACUGGAUGACUAUCUGGCUUCUUACAAGAUGGAUUCAUUGGAGCGUGUGGCAAUUACAUUUCGACCGCGACCUGCGGAGUGGGAGAUAUAUAAGACUCAUAUGGAGGGGAAAUUUCCUCUACUCAAGAAGCUCGGACGCGAAGUAGUAUUGAAUGCUACAUAGUAAUCAGCUCUGAUUUCCCUGGUGUCCGGCGUGCGAUUUGUAACCCUGUCUUUUUUGAUCUUCAGCUCUAUCUGACAUGAUUUUCAGGGACCUAGAGACUGAGUAUUUCCUUUCUCCGAUCCCACUUUUUAUGCA